AUGUUAAUUCCUUCGACGAACAGAGAAGAGAAAUUUCAAACACGCCUCUGGACACGGUUCAAAAACUUCCAUUUUAAACAUAAUGGUGGGAAACGAGCUAAUAAUGAAUUGAUAUUUUUUCGCUGUUUAGCUAUUUUACUUUACUUAGUACCGAUCAUUGUGGACAUUCUUCUUUACUCAAGUUCAGUUCAACCAUCAUUUUCAUUACAAUUUCUUUUUGGCGCAAAAUUUCCAUUUUAUGAUAUUGCAUCAGUUAUUUAUGGUAGUGGUGCUGUUGCAUUUGGCCUGUCGAUUGAAAUUUAUGUGUUUAUUCCAGUUUCGAUUAUGAACUGCGUAUUGGUAAUAACGCAAUGUGACAGUCAAAAGGAAACAAUCAGAGUAGCUACUUGGGUAAUUAGAACAAUGUGCUUGUUGGUUUGCGUUGAACUUGGAUACGGAAAUUUUAAAAAAUUUCAACGACAUCAUGAAAAUUUUAAUUCAUCAGCUAGUUCAAUGUUACGACAAUCAUUAUUUUUUACUGUCACAAUGCUGUUUUUGGUUGCUCCUGCUCUUCGUACUGUUUAUAAUAGUAUCAAUCAGCAGUGCUUAUACAACACUAGUCAUUGUUAUGUAAUCGAAUUGUAUGAGCCCUUAUUUAAUAACACGCACUCAUCCUCAUGUCAGGAAGAACACAUUGAAUACAUAACUAGUCGUGAAGAAUUGCGAAUUUUAAGAAAUCUCGUGUUAAUAAAUAUUGCAUUUUAUGCACUAUUUAAUACAUCAUUUCUUGGCAUGGGG